AUGCCUGCUUACUCUCCGAUGCGCAGUGUCGGUGCGACUGGCAAGCAAGGCUCUGCCAUCAAGCUCAAGGACCAGGGCGUCGAGGUCGUCCGUGAAAAUCUGGCGGAUGAGCAGAGUUUGGGCGAGGCGCUCGUUGGUGUCCGUUCCGCAUUUCUAGAUACUCAUAGCUCAACCAGCGAGAGGCCAACCAGCCGAAGACGCCGAAGACGCCCCGCCACCGCCAACCUCGUCUUCCUCGUCUUCAGCUCCGUCACCGACGCGACGCCAAUGAUCGGCAUUUCGCACAUUGAUUCAGAGGUGAGGAUUGAGGAGGGACUGAGGGAGAGCGGAAUUGAGUGGAAGGUUGUCGCGCCGGUGCUGUUCAUGGACAACUUCCCGAAGCGGAACGGCCUGAUGCGCUCCCUCGCACUCGGCUUCUUCCGCGCCGUCUUCGGUUCGCGACAACUCCAGCUCGUCUCGACCGGCGACAUAGGCUACUUAGCAGCUACGAUGCUCUCUGAUCCCUCCACCUACUUCAAUCGCCGCCUCAACCUCGCCUCCGACGCCCUCUCGACCUCCGAUAUCCAAGCAAUUUACUCGCGCAUCUUCAACCAACCCGUCUGGAGCACCUGGAUGCCUGGCUUCGUGCUCUUUCUUGAUCUUGAUGCGUUUCGGAGACAGAAGAAAACCAGAAGUCCUCGUUUGCCCGUCUUUCGUCCUCCAGAGUGA